UCACAAUGUCUAAAAAAAUCCAUGGCGGGCCUGUUGUCGAGAUGCAGGGGGAUGAAAUGACUCGCAUUAUAUGGGACCUGAUUAAGGAAAAACUCAUCUUCCCCUACGUGGAUCUGGAACUCCACAGCUAUGACUUGGGUAUAGAGAACCGCGACGCAACAGAUGACAAAGUCACCGUGGAAGCCGCCGAAGCCAUCAAGAAGUACAACGUAGGAAUCAAAUGUGCCACGAUCACUCCCGAUGAGAAGAGAGUAGAAGAAUUCAAGUUGAAGCAGAUGUGGAAAUCUCCAAAUGGGACCAUCAGAAACAUUCUGGGGGGCACAGUGUUCCGGGAAGCCAUUAUCUGCAAAAAUAUCCCACGUUUGGUAUCCGGAUGGGUGAAGCCCAUCAUCAUUGGCCGUCAUGCAUUUGGAGACCAAUACCGAGCCACAGAUUUUGUCGUUCCUGGCCCUGGAAAGGUAGAGAUGACCUACACGCCAAAGAAUGGAGGAAAACCUGUAACUUACACAAUACAUAACUUUGAAAACUGUGGAGGUGUGGCUCUGGGAAUGUUCAACCUUGACCAAUCCAUCAAGGACUUUGCUCACAGCUCCUUCCAGAUGGCACUGUCUAAAAGUUGGCCUCUGUACAUGAGCACCAAAAACACCAUUUUGAAGAAAUACGAUGGCCGGUUUAAAGACAUCUUUCAGGAGAUCUAUGAGAAGGAGUACAAGUCAAAAUUUGAAGCCAAAAAGAUCUGGUACGAGCAUCGGCUCAUAGACGACAUGGUGGCGCAAGCACUGAAAUCUGAGGGAGGGUUUAUCUGGGCCUGCAAGAACUACGACGGUGAUGUGCAGUCUGACUCAGUUGCACAAGGUUAUGGCUCCCUGGGAAUGAUGACCAGCGUCCUGAUAUGUCCAGAUGGCAAAACAGUGGAAGCCGAAGCUGCGCAUGGCACAGUCACCCGCCAUUAUCGCAUGCACCAGAAAGGCCAAGAAACGUCCACCAACCCUAUUGCCUCUAUCUUUGCCUGGACCAGAGGUCUCGCUCACAGAGCAAAAUUAGAUAACAACACAGAGCUCCAGAAAUUUGCCACCACCCUGGAGGAAGUCUGCGUAGAGACGAUCGAGGCCGGCUUCAUGACGAAAGAUCUGUCCGCUUGCAUUAAAGGCCUUCCCAAUGUGCAGCGCUCCGACUACUUGAACACAUUUGAGUUCCUGGACAAACUUGCCGAAAACCUGAAGGCGAAGCUUUAA